UGGUUUGAAAGCUACAAGAGUGCAGCAUCUCCCUGCUUGCGAACACUCGUGGCCGUGCAGUGCUGCUGCCUGGCGACUGUAAUCGUAACUCAAAAUUGACCCGUCUGCAUCCAUUACCCAGUUCGGUCGUCGUCUUACAUCGAAAUCCGGGGUUUGGAAGCCAUAUUGUAGUUUGCAAAGUGUCUGCUUCGUCGAUAAGCCAUAGGAUAAAUGCUUUAUUAGGUGUUCUGUGAUAAUAAUAUUGUGCGUUUAUAGUUGCAAAGUGUGGUUUCGUCAUGACGGUGAUAUUCGCAAGGAUGUGUUGAGAGGUAGGUGAACAGUAAUUCAAAAUAUAGGGGUCGGCCUUCGCUGGGGUUCAGUGAUAAUACGUCAAAACAGAACCGCUGGUUCUGGUAGGUUGGUGCGAAGAAGGGUUGAAUAAAGCCAUUGGGAGCCCUGGAAGGCGUAAAAGUUAAAACCAUGGGCAAUGCCGCUACGGCUAACAAAAAGGGUGAUUCAGCAGAAAGUGUUAAGGAAUUCUUAGACCAAGCCAAAGAAGAAUUCGAGGAGAAAUGGAAGAAGAACCCUACCAACACAGCCUCUCUCGACGAUUUCGAUCGGAUAAAAACAUUAGGUACAGGCUCUUUCGGUCGAGUUAUGAUAGUACAACACAAACCAACCAAGGAGUACUACGCCAUGAAGAUAUUAGAUAAGCAGAAAGUCGUCAAAUUGAAGCAAGUAGAACACACAUUAAACGAAAAAAGAAUCCUACAAGCCAUCAGUUUUCCUUUCCUGGUGAGUCUCAGAUUUCAUUUUAAAGACAAUUCAAAUUUAUAUAUGGUUUUGGAGUAUGUACCAGGUGGCGAAAUGUUUUCACAUCUACGGAAAGUCGGUCGGUUUAGUGAGCCACAUUCAAGGUUCUAUGCCGCCCAGAUAGUUUUAGCGUUUGAGUAUUUGCACUACCUAGACCUCAUCUACCGUGAUUUGAAGCCUGAAAACCUGCUGAUCGACUCGCAGGGCUACCUGAAGGUGACAGAUUUUGGAUUCGCCAAACGAGUCAAAGGAAGAACCUGGACGUUAUGUGGGACACCCGAAUACCUAGCUCCAGAAAUAAUCCUGAGUAAAGGCUACAAUAAGGCUGUCGACUGGUGGGCACUUGGUGUCCUAGUGUAUGAAAUGGCAGCCGGCUACCCUCCGUUCUUCGCCGACCAGCCGAUCCAGAUCUACGAGAAGAUCGUGUCGGGCAAGGUGCGAUUCCCGUCACAUUUCGGCUCAGACCUCAAGGACCUGCUGAGGAACCUGCUACAAGUGGACCUGACCAAGCGAUACGGCAACCUCAAGAACGGCGUCAACGACAUCAAGGGCCACAAGUGGUUCGCGUCCACCGACUGGAUUGCUGUCUUCCAGAAGAAGAUCGAAGCGCCGUUCGUACCCCGCUGCAAGGGGCCCGGCGACACCAGCAACUUCGAUGACUAUGAGGAGGAAGCUCUACGAAUCUCGUCGACAGAGAAAUGUGCCAAGGAGUUUGCCGAGUUUUGAAUUAUAGUUUGUGAUGAUGAUGUACUGAUACUGACCUGUGAGCAGACAGCAGAGCAGGGAUCCACCAACCACGUGUCUGUUCACUUCACCUGUCGUCAAAUACGGUAAAUGAGUAUUUUGUAACGAGUGAAAUGAAUGAGUAGCCGUGUAUGCUGAACAAGUACAGCACUGUGAACUGUGACUGAGUGAGUGGUCUACCUCUGCUCCACCUGUACUGUACAACCACUACCACCAGUUGCGUUGCAGCAAGUACUCUUGUCUAGUUCGGCUCACUAACUUUAUCCAUUGGUGAUGUUAUCCAAUCCACUUAUCAUAUGAAAUUUGACUUGAUGAGUAAAUUUGUCCUAACUUUGAGAGCAAAAAUAGAUCAAGUAACCAUCACAUGCUUUAAAAACUCCCCAGUCUUAGAUGAAAUCGAGUGAUUUUCAAACAAGAACUCUUAGUUAUUUUAUUAUUAAAGGCAUGCACAUGAUUUAUAUUUUUCUAUAUAUUUGAUGAAAUUCAAAAUAUUAUUUUAUUGGAACCUGUAGUUACUACACUAAACUCUUACCAUGCUUCCAGGACUGACACCCAGUUGAAGAUAAUUUAAAUAUUAAAAACGAAAUAACAAAGUAGUUUAUAGCAUUUGAAUAAUCGGAUCUUUCGUUAUUUUAUGUGUGAUAAGAUAACUGCAUAGGAGUUUAUUUAAUAAUGCUUGAUAGAUGAGUUGAUUUGUGAAGAACUCUGGUGUCAUCGUACUAUUAUAUUUUUUGAGUGUAGGUCAGAAUCUAGCAUCCAGAAUUAUACCUGGUAUUUGGAAGUUUAUAAUUAGUGUUAGAGUUUUUAUUCCUAUAAUUAUUAAAAUUUCUCGUACUGUACCUCCAACUAUUCAUAGACUAAUUUCCGUUUAGUAUUGAUUUGAUGUUUUGAUGGAAGCUAUUAGUGAGAUAAUAAUGUGUUGCCUGUUAACCAAAAACAUUAGAGAGGAGUUUUUUAAUCAGUCUUGACUUAGCAGUCUUUAUUUGUUAGAUUCGGUGUUCAGAGUUUUUUGAAUCUCAUUACGUACUUGCAGUAGCUCAAAACUUGGGUCACUAUAACUACAGUAAAAUACUACCUUUUCCAGUCUUUACAAUAUUAUUUUCAUAUUACGUAUCUCAGUAGGCCUACUUUGGUCUGUGGUCAAUAAUAAAAAAUACUGUUGAACUUAUAUUGUACUAAAAUCAUGCACCGUUGGAUUUUAAUUCAAUGAAAAGGGUUAUUAUUAAAAGUGGAUUGUUGUCAAUUGACAAUUGUAUUCAAUAAAUUCAAUAACACGAUCCGUCAUAAAUAUUUGUUUAAUAACGUGUACAAUCAACUAUUUGAUGGUAUGGAUGAUAAUAAAUUAGCUAUUAUUUGAUGUCUGGAGUUUCAACACUCUUUGAAAUUUGACGAAACUUUCUGGUACUUCACUAUUUCUACUGGUUUCAACUCCAACUUCAAAUCUGAAUUACUGUAUAAAAUGGAUAUCGAUUUUUAUGUGCCCGGAAUUAUCAUAGAGUGAAGAUGUUUUACAUUAUUUUCACUUCGAAAAUAUUGUUUUCUACUAUUAGUUAUUUUUGCCUUACUAGUCAAUAUGCUUUUGCAUUGUACAAUUGCAAUGCAAUGCUGUGCAUUUCAACCAUCAGGUUUUAAUCUGCUAAAUCAGAAAUACGUUCUCUAACUAUAUUAAAUUCUGUGGAAAAGAUGAUGCAGAAAAGUAAUUUGAAAAAUAACUUUUCAACCCUCGAAUUGGAAUAUUUAUUAAUGUUCGCAAUAUAAUUAAAUGAAUAUUGAAAUCUUCAUUGAAAUGAAUAUCAAAAGAGUUUAAACACAUUACACAACAAAAAUGAUUUGGUUUAUUAUGCCGAAUUUAUUAAUUCUCAUUGCCUUUUUCAGUUUUACAGUAAAUUGCGAAUUGUCAUUAUAGGCUUCAUUGCAUAUCACUAAGCUGAAAUAACUGGAAAUCGAAAAUUUCCUUUUUAGCUUUGUGAAAAUUCUACUAGGAUCCGUCCUUGAAAAGAGUUUUAUGUUCUAUUGGUCAGACAGGGUUUUAAAAUCAUUUAAAAAUUAACUGGCUACUUUUCAGGUUUUGGAUGAGAAUAGACUGAUUAUCAUUAUAACACUAUAACUAUAUAUAUUUAUUCUAAUAUACUUUUUAAAUGCUUAGCAAAGUAUUUUGUUCAUAUUUCUUCUGCAUCAUCUAUUUCUGCACUGAUUGGUAUAAUUCAUAUGCCAUCUCUGUCUCAUUAAACUCAAAACUAAAAACAAUGAAACUAGGAAUUCUCUAGUUUGACACAGUGUAGAUGUGAACCAGUAUAUGUACCAGUACCUAAUGCUGUUGUAAAUAUUAGUUUAAUUUUAUUAAUAAUUACUUAUAGUCUAAGUUGUUAAAAUAAUGUGUAUUAUAUGUUUUCAAUUAUUAUUUUACUAUACAUUGUGUAUAAUUUGUUGCGUAAAUUACGAUUAGGUUGUUUUAAUUAUUGAAGGAAUAUUGUUGUUGAGUUUUAUUAUAUGAUUUCACAAGUUUAUGAUGAUGUUGAACAUUAAAGAUGCUGUUUUAUAAGCUCGAAUUGACAGUUUUUUCAGUAAUAGUUAUGCAAGUCAGCAAUGCAAUUUAUUUAAAUAUUUAAUUUAUUAAAUUAUAUCCUAAAAUAUCUUCCAUUAGAGUUUAAUCGAGGAUUUUACUUUGUAAGAGCAUGUAUCCUUUUAGUAGUCUACAUGAAUCAUUUCCGAUAUGGUAUUAUUGAUUGAAAAGCCAAUAUAAGAUUGAGAACUCUACUGUAAUUAAAAAGUAUAUUUUCUAAAACUGCAUGUAGUCACUAGCAUAAAAAUUACUGAUUAACUAAUAUGAGAGGUCUGUAAAUAAUAUUAUUGAAAAACUGGUUAUUGUCGUGAGAUUAAUAUGUUUAUUUUGUCUUUUAUCCAUUCUCAUGCUCAAUUUAUUUUAUUAAUAAACUUACUACUGAUUUGUUCCAAAGUGUGUCUUGUUUUCAGAUAUAAGUAAGGUGAUCUGUUACAAUACCAAAAUCGGAUAAUAAUUAUAAUCCUGAGUAAAUACACUUGUCCACUUGUACUAGUUUACAAAGAGAGUCAAUUAUGGCUCAAAAUCACUGAAGUACCGUAUCGCAGAAACUCUGUCUUGUUACAGAAUUUACAAUUUGUUUAGGGAUAAAUUUCUGCCAUCGGUAAACAAUAAUUUUGAAGUUAUUUGUAACUCUUGAAAAGUAUUCAGAUGUCCCACUGUAAAGAUUAAUUUUUGUUUUUAUGCAAGUAUGAUAGAGGAUUCAUUUUGAGAAUUCUCUGAUAUAAUUGGUGAUACAUUUGGUGUAUCAUACAUACUCUGAUACAUUUUUGGUGAAAAUAAUUAUUAAGAAAGAAAAUUAUAUGAUUCCAUCAUUUCCAAAUACUGUAAUUAUUUUUCAUGAAGGAACUAAGCUAUAUAUUCUAAUAAAAAGUGAUUCAAAAUCAGUUUUGCUCUCAAUGGGAGUUAUCAAUUACUUUUAUCAUCUCAAUCCUAUAGUAUGAAUUUGUUAUACUGUAAUACCUUGAACAAUAAAACAACAAUGCCUGUCAAUUUACUUGAUCAGUACAGUAGUAUUUGCUUUUCAUAUGUUAAUUUGUUGAGAAAUCGUCUUAAAAAUGACAAUAGAAGAAAUGAAAUUGACUGUAAAAUGGAAUUGUUCAAUGUUUGUAAAAUGAAAGGAUAUUUCUCGAAAAAUGUCGAGUUUCUGUACGGCUUCAAUCAGAAUGGAAUUUACCACUAUUAUACAUGUACUGUGCCAUAGAACGUUUAUUGUAUCUUAUUUAUCAUGGAAACCACUGUCGAAAAGUUGAGAUUUACAAACUGCCUCCUUAGGAAAAUGUUUUUCAGUAUUUUCAAAUUCAAUAAUAGAUAAAUAUUAUUAUUGAAAAAUACAAUUUGUUUUGACCGUUCGUUUCUA